ACGUGUUCUUUCCUCUUCGAAGUGAAAAAAAACAAGAGCCUGCCGCUGUUUCACGUCUCCCUCCCACUGUGAAUCGGGGAGGAGGAGGGGGGGGAGGUAGUGGCACGGGUGAACGCCAGGCCGGGAUAUCGGAAAUAACAUAAAGAAUUGCAAUCGCCUCCUCUUGUACGCCUUUCCUCGUCCCACGUAUUUGGUCUCCCCUCUUUUGCUUGUAUCCCUCUGGUUUCUUUCUUUCCUUGGUUGAAAAUUCACCCCUUCCCUCGAAUUCGUUUUCUUGGUUCCUCCACGGAAACUCCUCCUUUCUUCCUUGCUGGUGAAGGAAUCGGUAUUUCCUUUGUCCGGCGCCGGAAGAGCACCGCCCCUUGGUCGGCGUCUCGUAUUGUCCGAGGCUUAAUUGGACGGAUAUCCCGAAGUGGGCUGCGAAAUUUGGUGGAUAAAGUACCACAGUGACAUGGUAUGAACACCGAGGGAAAAUGUUUCGUGGCCAGAAGAGUCUCAAUGCUCUUAGCAUAUUGAAAUUGAAAUGGCCAACUGGUGGUGAAUCAUCUAUACAUGAUAGGCUGCUUAAUGAUGUGCCACCUGAAAUUCAACUGUCAGAUUAUCAAAGAUUGUCUAGUUCCGGAAGCGAGAGCCCUUCUGGUUUACUUCACGGUGAAACGUUGAAACCUGACCCAAUUGCUGACCUUGACCUUUUCUUUGAACGACUAUAUAAUUAUUACUGUGAAAAAGGUCUUUGGUGCAUUAUCACAAAGUGGAUCGUUGAGCUCCUAUGCCUUGCCUUCACCAUCUCUUUUUCGGGGUUUAUGUUGUUGUUUGUUGAUUGGCGUGGUCUGCUAAACAUGAAGUGUGGAAUAGAUGCCGUUGAAUCUGGAAUGAAGCCCUGUGACCUUGCACGUGAAGCUCUUCACAAGCAUCCUUUAGUGCCCUUCACAUUUUUCAAAGGAAUAGUUCUUGUGUAUCUGGGAUUAUUCACUAUCUACUGGAUAUUCUGCUUCCUGCGGUUUUUCACACAGUUAAAAGAAACACUGAAGAUACGUGACUUUUAUUACAAUAAUCUCUGUGUUACAGAUAAUGAAUUUCAGGCUACACCAUGGCCUGUGAUUCUGGAGAAGGUUAUUCAGUUGCAAAGCUCGCAGCCACUUUGUGUUGUAAAGGAUCUUUCUGCACAUGAUGUGAUUAUGCGCAUCAUGCGUAAGGAGAAUUACUUGAUUGCUAUGAUCAACAAAGGUGUCCUUGCCCUGCCAAUACCUAAGUGGCUCCCUGGAGCUGGUCCUGCUGUAAAUUGCGGACAAAGUGGUGAAAAGAAUCAUUUAAUACUAACUACGAGCCUCGAGUGGACUUUAAAAUGGUGCAUACUACAGAGCAUGUUUGAUAGGAAUUUUUCUAUUCGAAGGGACUUCAUUAGCAACCCGUCUUUGCUAAAGAAAAGGCUUAUGGCUGUUGGACUUGGGAUGCUCUUGAUGUCCCCAUUUCUUGUUAUUUUCGUUUUGGUGUAUUUCUUUUUGAGGCAUGCUGAACAGUUCUACAAUCAUCCAAGCAUGGCAUCAUCUAGAAAGUGGUCAAACUUGUCAAAGUGGAUGUUCAGAGAAUAUAAUGAGGUUGACCAUUUGUUCAAGCAGAGGAUAAAUGCCAGUGUGGUACAUGCAGCAGAUUAUCUAAAGCAGUUUCCCUCUCCUAUAUUGUCUUUGAUAGCCAAAUUUGUAGCUUAUGUGGCUAGUGGCUUUACAGCUACUUUUAUCUUCAUUGCUUUGCUUGAUGAAUCUCUACUGGAAGCUCAUAUAUAUGGUCGAAAUUUGGUGUGGUAUUUUGCUGUAUUUGGCGCUGUCACAGCAAUCAGCCGUGCUGCUGUGACAAAUGAUCACCAGGUCCAUGAUCCUGAGGGGGCGAUGUCGCUAGUUGUUCAGCACACACAUUACAUGCCAAAAAAAUGGCGUGGCAAAGAGAACACUGAUUGCAUUCGGGUAGAGUUUGAAGCCCUGUUUCAGUACACGCUGAUGAUGUUAUUGGAGGAGAUGAUCUCAAUUUUCCUGACUCCAUGCUUGCUUUUCUUCUUUGUUCCCAAGCGUGUCGAUGAUAUUCUACAGUUUAUUUCAGAUUUCACUGUUCAUGUUGAAGGUGUCGGCCAUGUCUGCAGUUUUAGCAUCUUUGAUUUUGAAACCCAUGGCAAUAGUAAGUAUGGAUCACCAUGUAAUGCUUCACAAGAGAAAAGGAGCUCUCAAGGGAAGAUGGAGAAGUCUGUUCUAAGCUUCAAGGCAUGUUAUUCAAGCUGGGAACCAGAUUCUUUGGCUAAGCGGUUCGUAUUGACAAUGCAAGAUUUUGGGCUCCAUAUGCAAAACCAGGAAAGUUAUCCAAAUUAUUCGCCCACUCGAGCUUGGCAAAACCAUCGAAAUUUAGGUGGCCCAAACGAUGCAUACAGCUUCCACUUUAGAGAUGGGCUGCAUAGAUGGGGCUUGUCAAGACCAAGCUCUCCUUUCCCAUGGGUUCAGCGCCAUUCACCGUGGUUGGUUAAUAUUAAUCAUCCCAGUCAUCCUUACCUGCUUGACUGUUAUUAUUUAGAGAGAGGCUCUUGCCGUGUAGAUGUAGAGAUGGGACUAGCUACACCUUUAGAUGUACAUCAAGAGCAUAAAGGACAUUAUUGGACAGACAUUGAUCAUGAAGCACAGAAUCAAGGCAGGUGGGGGGCCUUUGCAGAUGACCAGCAGAGAAGCCACCUGCAGGCAUCUACCUCAAGCACGGUCUUCCGAGACAGUUUGAUUCAGCAUCAUGAUGUCGGCCAUCUUGGGCGGACCACUGAAAGCCAUUGGUGGGCCAGGACUGGCGCUAGAUCAAAUGCAGUCCAGAACAGUUUCCUGGAGCCCCCAUCAUUUGGGGUCCAUAACUUUAAUCACUCUCGUCGCAGCUUCUCUGAUGGGAGUGUCGAAGAGCAUGAUGGGAAUUUGAACCUUCGGAACUCUGGUAACUUGUUUCAGAAUUUAGCUGAUGAUGAUCAUGACAGAGAUGGGGCAUUCAGUCUCCCAUUUGGCGAUAUUUACACAAGAACGCCUCAGACGAUACUUGAACAUUCUGGCAGUGAUGAAUUGUCCUAAUAUCUGCAAUCGUCCUGUCGAUCUGUACUUACAUUGAAGGUUCUUGUCUCUUGUUCGAGCUUUUUGCGGUCACCUGCAUGAAGCCGUGGUCUGAUUGUGAUCCCCCUUCUCGAAGGGCUCAAUGCUCCUUACUAAUGGGGAAGGUUCCUUAUUCUUUUGUACAUAAAUUCUAUACCAACAAUGAGUUCCUCACGUAGAUAUUAUAGUCCUGGUCUGCAUUCGGAAAACUGUGAAAAGAAAUGCGUUUGCAGAUAUAUAUUUAAGCUACAAAUUCGUGUAAAUAUAUGUUUCGUUGAGAGUUAGAAUCCGUAUGUUCGGAAGCCUGUCAAGCUUUUGCUUUCUUCAGUAUCUGGAAAGGAUGUGGUCUGGUCUAAAAAUGGGGAUUCUUUGUUGCACGUAAUGGUGAUCAAUGCCUUUUAUCA